UAUUACCGUGAGACACACAAUCGGAGGCACGCUGCAGCGACUUCCGACAACAAAUCAACACUCACAAAAUGGUUAAGAAUUUAACAUAAACAUUGAGGACAUUUUUUAAAAAGACUUGAAAUCAGGAUGGACAUGCUUGGGGGCGAGUUUUGUAGCAUGUCCCAGCAGGAACUGGCGGCUCCUGUCAACACUAUCGAGGAAAAAUGGAAGCUGUUGCCUGCCUUCUUGAAGGUGAAAGGCUUGGUGAAGCAGCACAUCGACUCGUUCGACUAUUUCAUCAACGUGGAGAUAAAGAAAAUCAUGAGCGCUAAUGAGAAGAUAACAAGUGACGCAGAUCCGAUGUGGUACAUCAAGUACCUGAAUAUCUACAUUGGCAUGCCUGAUGUAGAAGAGAGCUUCAACGUGACCCGGCCAGUCUCCCCUCAUGAGUGUCGUCUCCGAGACAUGACCUACUCGGCACCCAUCACUGUGGACAUCGAGUACACGCGUGGCAGUCAGAGAAUCAUCCGCAAUGCUCUGCCCAUCGGAAGGAUGCCCAUCAUGCUGCGAAGCUCCAACUGUGUCCUCACAGGGAAAUCACCCUUGGAAUUCUCCAAACUCAAUGAAUGUCCUCUUGAUCCAGGUGGCUAUUUCAUCGUAAAAGGUCAAGAGAAAGUCAUUCUGAUCCAGGAGCAGCUUUCCAAGAACAGGAUCAUUGUGGAGCAGGACAGGAAAGGUGCGGUGGGAGCCUCUGUUACCAGCUCCACCCAUGAAAAGAAAAGUAGGACAAACAUGAUUGUAAAACAAGGACGAUUCUACCUGAAGCACAACACGCUGACAGAGGACGCGCCCAUCGCCAUUAUAUUUAAGGGAAUGGGUGUGGAGAGUGACCAGGAGAUCGUACAGAUGAUCGGGACAGAGGAGCACGUCAUGGCCUGCUUUGCCCCAAGCCUGGAGGAGUGUCAAAAAGCCCAAAUUUUUACACAGACGCAGGCUUUGAAGUACCUUGGGAAUAAAGUUCGCAGGCAGCGCAUGUGGGGAGGUCCGAAGAAAACCAAAAUGGAGGAGGCCAGGGAACUGCUGGCGUCGCUAAUUCUCACUCAUGUGCCGGUCAAAGAGUUUAACUUCCGAGCCAAGUGUAUUUACCUGGCCGUGAUGGUACGCAGGGUGAUCCUGGCUCAAGGGGACAACAAGGUGGACGACAGAGAUUACUAUGGCAACAAGCGUCUUGAGUUAGCGGGACAGCUUCUGUCCCUGCUCUUUGAAGAUUUGUUCAAAAAGUUCAAUUCGGAGCUGAAGAAAAUCGCCGACCAGAUCAUCCCCAAACAGAGGGCGGCGCAGUUUGAUGUGGUCAAGCACAUGAGACAGGACCAGAUCACCAAUGGCAUGAUCAACGCCAUUUCUACUGGCAACUGGUCACUGAAGAGAUUCAAGAUGGACCGUCAGGGUGUGACGCAAGUGUUGUCUCGCCUCUCCUACAUUUCCGCUCUGGGCAUGAUGACCCGGAUCUCCUCGCAAUUCGAGAAGACUCGGAAAGUUAGCGGCCCUCGCUCCUUGCAGCCCUCGCAGUGGGGCAUGCUGUGCCCGUCCGACACACCCGAAGGAGAGGCCUGCGGGCUGGUGAAGAACUUGGCCCUGAUGACUCACAUCACCACCGACAUGGAGGACGGUCCCAUCAUCAAGCUGGCCUUCAACCUAGGCGUGGAGGAUGUCAAUUUGCUGUGUGGAGAGGAGCUCUCCUACCCCAGCGUCUUUCUCGUCUUCCUCAACGGAAACAUUCUCGGCGUCAUUCGAGAUCAUCCCAAACUCGUCAGCACCUUCAGACUGAUGCGCAGGGCGGGAUUCAUCAACGAGUUUGUGUCCAUCUCUACCAAUAUGGCCGACCGCUGCGUGUACAUCUCAUCGGAUGGAGGACGCCUCUGCAGACCGUACAUUAUCGUGAAAAGGGGUCAACCCAUGGUGAAAAACAAACACAUCGAAGAUCUGUCGCAAGGCUACAGAUCCUUUGAGGACUUCCUGCACGAAGGUCUGGUGGAGUACCUGGACGUCAAUGAAGAAAACGACUGUCAAAUCGCCCUUUACGAGCACAUGAUAGACAAAAAAACAACCCACUUGGAGAUCGAGCCCUUUACGCUUUUGGGCGUGUGCGCCGGCCUCAUUCCCUACCCCCAUCACAACCAGUCGCCCAGGAACACAUACCAGUGCGCUAUGGGCAAGCAGGCCAUGGGCACGAUCGGCUACAACCAGAGAAACCGCAUCGACACGUUGAUGUACCUGCUGGCGUACCCGCAGAAGCCCAUGGUCAAAACCAAAACCAUCGAGCUGAUCGACUUCGAGAAGCUGCCGGCCGGACAGAACGCUACCGUGGCCGUGAUGAGCUACAGUGGCUACGACAUUGAGGACGCGCUGGUCCUCAACAAAGCAUCCCUGGACAGAGGCUUCGGUCGUUGUCUGGUGUACAGAAACGCAAAGUGCACGCUGCGGCGUUACACCAACCAAACGUUCGACAAGGUGUUGGGCCCCAUGCUUGACGCCGCCACCAAAAAGCCCAUCUGGAGGCACAACAUUUUGGACGCUGAUGGGAUCUGCUCCCCUGGUGAGCGAGUGGAGAACAAGCAGGUGUUGGUGAACAAAUCCAUGCCGACCCUCACUCAGACACCACUGGAGGGCAGCACACAGCCAGCCCAGCCUCAGUACCGAGAAGUGCCCAUCAGCUACAAGGGCUCCACAGACUCGUACAUUGAGAAGGUGAUGAUCUCGUCCAAUGCCGAAGACGCCUUCCUCAUUAAGAUUCUGCUCAGGCAGACCAGGAGGCCCGAGAUCGGUGACAAGUUCAGCAGUCGGCACGGACAGAAAGGUGUCUGCGGCCUCAUCGUCCCACAAGAGGACAUGCCUUUCUGUGACACGGGGAUUUGUCCCGACAUCAUCAUGAACCCGCACGGCUUUCCUUCUCGAAUGACGAUGGGGAAGCUCAUCGAGCUGCUGGCCGGCAAGGCGGGAGUUCUGGACGGGCGCUUCCAUUACGGGACGGUCUUCGGGGGCAGUAAAGUGAAGGAUGUGUGCGAGGACCUGGUCCGCUAUGGAUACAACUACCAGGGGAAGGACUAUGUCACCUCGGGCAUCACUGGUGAGCCGCUGGAGGCGUACAUCUACUUUGGACCCGUUUAUUACCAAAAACUGAAGCACAUGGUUUUGGACAAAAUGCACGGGCGAGCACGUGGUCCCCGAGCCGUUCUUACAAGGCAACCGACGGAGGGUCGAUCCAGAGACGGAGGUUUGCGUCUGGGCGAGAUGGAGCGCGAUUGUCUGAUCGGUUACGGCGCUAGCAUGUUGCUGAUAGAGCGCCUCAUGAUCUCCAGUGACGCCUUCGAUGUGGACGUUUGUGGACAGUGUGGCCUUCUGGCGUACUCUAGCUGGUGUCACUACUGCAAGUCAUCGUGUCACGUGUCGUCGCUGCACAUCCCCUACGCUUGCAAGCUGCUCUUCCAGGAACUGCAGUCCAUGAACAUCAUCCCCCGACUCAAGUUGACACGCUACGAGUGACGGCACCCGGGAAACAGGCAAAAAGCUGAACCUUUUUUUUUUUUUUCCCUCACAAUUUUUUUGAUGUUCCGAUCAUCAUGGUGUGUGUAAAUAAUAAACACUUGAUAUUGUUUCUCGCGCGCAA